CUUAUUUUAACACGUUAUAGCGUUUAAUACUAUUAUUUGAAAAUCAUAAAAAAUAAUUUUAUACACAAAAAAUGUUCGACUCUAAAAUAAAUACUCAAGAUGAUUUUAACUUAGACAUAUUUGAAACUACGGAUUAUAAAUUAUACAAAGAUGGUAUGAAGUUAAUAGGUUUGUGGCCUUUUGAAAGUUCGACGAAAAAAACCCUAAAAAGAGCUUUUGUAUUAAUCAGCAUGAUUUCAGUAUUAAUAUCCAUAUUCCGAGUAUUAUUUAUUCAAAUAGCGAAACAGUGGGCUAGUAUUACUGAUGAAACAGAGUGUAAAAUACUCGCUGAUAAUGUCAAACUCUGCCAUCCAUUAUGUACUUUUUAUCGAGUUAUGGCUGUUUUUGCUCUUUCAUCUUAUGCAUGUUUGCCAAGCUUUGGGCCAGUUAUUAUGAACAUCUUAUUACCACUGAACGAGACUCGUCAAAAGCGUAUACCUGCUCCUGCUGAAUACUUCGUAGACGAGGAAAAAUAUUUUUAUAUAUUAUUCUCACAUGGCAUGAUACUGUACAUGUUAGUUUGUGUGCUUUACGUAACUAUUGACAGUAUGUAUUCAUGUAUUGUGCAUCACACUGUGGGACUUGUCGGAAUUGUAACAUACCGCCUGCAAAAUAUAAUUGAUCUUGACAUUACAUCAUCUCCAAAAAAUCAUACAAACAACUUAGAAAUUAGAAGACGAUUAAGAAGAGCCAUUACGUUACAUAAAGAAUCCAUAGAGUUUGCUGAAAAUAUAGAAGCCACGUACAGUUUAUGUUUUAUAAUUGUCAUGUUCGUGAACUUAUUUUCUAUGGUUUUUACUGCAGCCUGUGGUAUCAGAACUCUGCAUUACGAUAAGGUCGAGUCAUUUCGGUGGUUAAUGUUAUACGGAAGUAUAAUCUUUCAUCUAUUUUUCAAUAGUAAUCCAGGGCAAAACUUAUUCGAUAAAACUAGUGAAAUUAUAAAUACUUUGUACUUUACUGCAUGGUAUGAUUCAGGCAUUUCGACAAGCAAUAAAAGGAUUAUUCAAAUUAUGAUGAUAAGAUGCUUACGGCCUUGUCAACUGACUGCCGGCGGUUUACUGGUAUUGAAUAUGUUUAAUUUCGGAGCGAUUGUAAAAACUUCAUUUUCCUACAUAACAAUGCUGCUUUCUGUAGGCUAAUUUGAAAGGCAGACAAGCUAAGAUAAGGGCAGUCUUACUUUAAUGUUGGCAGUAUUUUGAGUUAGAAGGUACUCCGAAACUAAUUGCUAAAUUUGUUAAAUGUAUAUUUUUUCACAAAAAUAAAAACUAACUUGAAAAGUAUAA